AUGGACGCUCGGUUUGCGCUGCCCGAAGCACUUCCGGUGCCGCAUGACGACGGCGCUGCGGACCAUCUGAGGGUGGGACCUCCCGUGGCCGACCUCGAGCUUCCUUCCACCUCUGGCUACCACGUGAAUCUGGCAAGGCUGGACGGUCGAACAGUGCUCUUCAUCUAUCCCAGAACUGGAGAGCCGGGCAAACCAGUGCCAGCUAACUGGGACCUGAUCCCGGGAGCUCAUGGGUGUACCCCGCAGACCUGCUCCUUCCGUGAUCUGCAUGCCGACCUACGCAAGGCGGGCGCCGCUCACGUGUUUGGCCUUUCCACGCAGACCGCUGAGUACCAACGCGAGGUCGCCGAUCGGCUUCAUCUGCCCUUCGCCAUCCUCUCCGAUCGUGAAGAGGAAGAGGGUGCCGAGAGGCUGGGAAAGUUUGGGCAGGCGAUGAAUCUACCGUGGUUCGAGUACGGAGGGAAGUGUCUCUACAAACGCAUGGCGCUCGUGCUGAAAGAGGGCAAGGUGGAGCAGGUGUUCUACCCCGUCUUCCCACCAGAUCGUAACGCAGGUGAUGUGCUCGCAUGGCUCAAGGCUAACGCGGUGCAAUCCCAGUAA